AUGGCCUCUAGCUCGAGGGCAGCGGUGCGGACGGCGGCCUUCUCACUUAGGCAGCCAGUUAUACCGGUAUCGUCCGCCUUCGCUCGGCGGCUGUACGCUACCGAGAGCGAAAGUCGACCAUCAGCUGCGCCGGUGCCCACGCCUGAGUUCUCGCUCUCUGGCUCGGCAUCGCGGAGUACAGGUCAGACUACCAUGAAGAAGUAUACUGGACCAGGAUUUCCCAAGAUUCCAGGUCUGCGCCACCUCGUCCAUCCCCAUCACCCCCAUCUUCACGCUGGCGCGCCCGUACGAGACCUCACAAUACCUCUUCGGCGUAAUGGCGGGCGGAACGGGACUGGACAAGUCGUCAACCGAGGCGUAGGCGGAGGGCAUCGCAAGAGAUUACGGAUUGUCGAUUUCCACCGGGUGGAAGCGGGGGAGCAGGACGUUGUUCGGAUCGAGUAUGAUCCGGGACGGAGUGCGCAUAUCGCGCUGCUCAAGGCGAGGGUGGCGGGUGCGAAGGAUGUGGAAGUGGAAGAAGGGGCGGCACUGGCGGAGAUGGAGGGAGAGGAGAGUACGGAUGCUGGCGCGACCAUUCGAUCGAGAAAUGAGGUCCGGGGAGGAUGGAGCUAUAUCCUCGCUCCGGAGGGAUUGAGAGCGGGGGACGUCGUCACUUCUUAUCGGAGUGGUAUACCGUCUGGUCUUGUCGAGGGAUGGAGCGAGAAGCCUUCCGACUCGGAUCCCUCAGCACCUCAAUCCGUCAACCCUCCAGAAUCCGGAACGUCCCGCGCUCUUGGUCUCCUCCGUACCAUGACCCUCAAACCUGGAAACGUCCUCCCUCUUUACCUCAUCCCCGCUGGAACAUCCAUCCACAACAUCUCCAUGACGGCAUCGGGACGGAUGCAGCUGUGUCGGUCAGCAGGGAGCUACGGGCAGAUUGUGGCGCACCACGGACCCAAGGGGGAGGCGUUGGGUGGAGCGCAGAUCUUGAGCAUGGGCGGGAGUGUAGGAGAGGAUGGAAAGCUGCAGAAGAAGAAUGGAAGCGUGCUGGUCAAAUUGCAAAGUGGGGAGGUGCGGCGAUUGGAUCCGGGAUGUUGCGCGACGGUGGGGACGGUUAGCAACAAAGAACAUCACUCUGCUCAACUCGGUAAAGCCGGUCGAGCACGCUGGCUCGGUCAAAGACCUAUCGUUCGAGGUCUCGCCAUGAACGCUUGCGACCACCCGCACGGAGGUGGUCGAGGAAAGUCAAAGGGAAAUGUUCACCCUCGGUCCGCCACAGGUGUGCUGAAGGGUGUGCGUACGAGGCGGUCCAAGGAUAAGGACGGGAACAAGCAGGUGGUAUCUGAGAGGCCGAGAGGGAAGGCGUCGAAGAAAUAG